AAUUUGUUUCUGAUCCUCUGAGGUCCGAGCAGUUGAUUGGUUCUUCAUGGUAAAGGGUCUGGAUCAGGUCUGGACCGCUUCGUACGGUUUGGGAGCUAGCGCUGCAAGUUAGCCACUUAAACCUCAGUGUUUUUAGAUUCAGAAACUGAUGUUUCAAGAAAAAAUGCUUUACCAUUAUUGCAAGUGAACUGGUGUAGUGAAAUGAGUAAGGAUGUUUAUGGGGCUGUUUAUUGAUCACAUCAGCGAGGAGCAGGCCAGCAGAAUGGAUUUCAGAGAGGAAAAUACGACACAGAAGGACAUGCUUGAGAAAAUAGCUGAGCUGGAUUACAGUCGAAACCACUUGAGGGACCUGAAUGCUAAGAUGAGGCACUGGCUGGAUGUUGCAGAUGAUGACAUGGCAGGGCUGCGCUCAGAGAACGCUGCCCUAAGUCAACAAGUGAAAAAUCUUGAGAAGAUCAUCAGUGAAGCAGAGAAAGAUGAAGCAGAGCCUUGCAGAUCUCUGCUGGCUGAUGAACUUUAUGCAAAGAGAUGGAGUGAAACAGAGAUCCAGGCACUUGAGGAGGAGUAUGCGACGAUUCAGGAAAAAUAUAAAGAACUAUCCAAUGAGCUAAAGAACCUCAAACAGGAGAGAUACAAGGAAAAAGUCAACCUCAGUCAGUUAAAGGAUGAACUUCAAAGCCUCGAGUUAAGAUUGGAAGACUCUCAGCUUGGCCUGCAGCAUAGGGAUGAGGCUAUUGAUCAGAAAAACAUGCAGUUACAGCUCUCUGAGGAAACGGUGGAAGAGUGUUCAAGCAUCAUAAAGGAGCUCAGGCUGACAAAUCAGGAGCUGAGGAUGCAGUUGGAGGACAGGAUGGAUGAGGCCUCAUAUGCUGUUCUGAAGGAUGUGGUCAGAGAAAAAGAAGGACCGCUCAGUCCCCCACUGUCCUUUGCAGAGGAAAUGAGGCUGCUUGCCUCCUCGCCUGAAGAGGAAAUCAUCAUUUCAGACUCCACAGAUAUCGAGCAUGUGUGUAGAGAGGAAACUGGAGCUGAAGAGCUGCUGAUGCCUCAGAGUUUCACAGUAGACUGUCAGACUAAAAGUCCAAGGUGUGCAUGUACCUUGGGGACUGCCCUCCAGAGAGCAGGAAUAUUUCUGCUCUUCAUCUUCAUUCUCACUGUGUUAUUGUUUGUAGCUUCAAGAAACCAUGUUGGAAACUUGUUUUCAAUCGAUAUCAUAUGGAACAGUGCUUGUCUCAUGUUGCAGCCUUACUGGGGUGUGCGUUAUGAAGCCCUACCUCCGAUUUAAUCCAAACCAUACCCUGAUUUGUAAAUAUUUUGAAACUGUAUCUAGUAGAUGAUAAGGCUGAAGGUGUACUUAUAUUGUCUUUUAAUCGCCAAAUACAAUUUGUUGUGGACUUAAAAUGAAUUUGCAUAUUUACAUUAUUAAGAAUUUG